UCUAUGCGUCACGUCGACGUAUGGAUAACUGAUGAAUGAAGUUACUACUCAAUCAGCGCAUAUAACGCGAUGAUUGAUUCCGAAGGUAAUGGGUGACUGAUGUGACCCCGGAGCAGCUGAAUGAAUAUACUGUAUUUUCAUGCUCCACUACUUUCUAUUCCAGCCCCAUACCCCGCCAUGAUAGCAAACUGCAGAUUCUCCUCGUCAACUCCACGUUGCAGGUUCUAGGGCUUAGUGCGCCUGAUCGCCGGACGUCUCCUGACAUCCAUCUCCUUUGCGUCUUUUCUUCCAUUUCCUCACGGAGUGCGUUUUCUGCUUACCUUUUACAUUUUGCUGUUCUGCCGCCGUCUGAGGUGCUGGAUCCCGCAGUCUGCCUUGCUUUGCAGUACCUCUUAAAGCAACAUCCUACUUUUUUACUAUUUCAUCGUGGUAUAUCGUUUCUGAUGGAUAAGACAUUUCUAUCAUGAUUUUGUGGCGGUUGCUAUGCACCACGUCGUAGUAUUAUGGCAGUUAUUACAACUCUUAGGAUUAGAGAAUUAUUGAGGGACCAACUGCUGCCGGGAAGCAGUAAUUUGUAUUAACUCUUUGUUGUUGAAGAGACCAAUAACGAACUGAUCGGAUGAACAUUUCUUUUCCACCGCUUAUCGCCAGGGAUGCAGAAAGAAUGAGAUAAACAAAAAAUAUCUUUCUCUUGAGUUUUGUUAUCGAAGUUGGGUGUGCUCUGCAGGGUUCAAACAAGUGAAACAACACAGACAAUGUUCUGGGAAUGGAUAUACGACGGUCAUGUGGAUUUUCCUUGAAAAUGGAUUGAAGAAGACUUGAGAUAUUCUUCUUUAUGAAUCUUUUCAUCGUAAGAUUGCAAAGGUGGAGCGAUUAGAAAGGGCUGAUGACGGACCGAUUAAACCUUACAGUGCAUCAAAAGCACCAAGGGGUAUUGGAAACGUGUGGAUGGAAAUCAGGCAAAUGUUUAGACCUGUUUUUGGUUUUAUAUGAAACUGGUGAUAAGUAGUUGCUGUCGUCUGUGCAAUUUGUAUUUAUCAAUCAACAAUUGUAAGAAAAAAAAUCUCUAGGUUGUACGCCAGGCGAUUGGUCUAUGCAUUUUGUAACCCUCAGAUAUAUCGAUAAUUUCCACUUGAAGUAUUUAUUUAUCUAAAUGGAAUUAGUUGAGAUUGAAGCCCCUUGUAAAAGGAACAGACAUGGUACAUGGGCAUAUUUUCCUUUACGUUGCAAGUCUUCUCAUGCUUGGGUUGUCUGGGGCAACAAAGAAAGAAGCAGUGAAAAACAACUCAGGGGUGCAGCCAGCAGGGCAGUGUGGAACGUGGGUGAAAGAAGCGGAGGGGGGGCUGUUCACCUCUCCCAAUUACCCCAACAAAUACCCCCCAGAGACAGAGUGCAUCUACAUCAUCGAAGCUCCCCCAAGACUAUGUAUUGAUCUCUUCUUUGAUGAAAAGUAUUCAAUAGAGCCUUCGUGGGAAUGUAAAUUUGACCAUAUUGAAGUACGAGAUGGGCCGUUUGGCUUUUCUCCAAUAAUUGGACGCUACUGUGGCCAGCAAAGCCCGCUGUACAUCAGAUCCAGCGGCCGGUACCUCUGGAUAAAAUUUGUGGCUGAUGGUGAACUGGAAGCCAUGGGAUUUUCAGCGAGCUACAACUUCACCGCAGAUCCCGACUUCAAAGACCUAGGAGUCCCUAAACCUUUGCCCCUGUGUGAAUUUGAAAUGGGAGGGCCUGAAGGGAUCAUUGAAUCGCAGCAGAUCACCAAAGAGGGCAAGGCCUCAGCCACGGAGGCCGUGGACUGCAAGUGGUACAUCCGCGCCCCGCCUCGCUCCAAGAUCUUCCUGCGCUUCCUGGACUAUGAGAUGCAGAACUCUAAUGAGUGCAAGCGUAACUUUGUGGCGGUGUAUGACGGCAGCAGCUCAGUGGAAGACCUGAAGAGCAAGUUCUGCAGCACGGUGGCCAACGACGUCAUGCUGGUGACGGCGCUAGGCGUGGUCCGCAUGUGGGCCGAUGAGAGCAGCCGCAGGACCCGCUUUCGUAUUCUCUUCACUACCUUCUCAGAGCCCCCAUGUGAAGGAGACACAUUCUUCUGUCACAGCAACAUGUGCAUCAACAAUUCCCUGGUGUGCAACGGCAUUCAGAACUGCGUCUAUCCCUGGGAUGAGAACCAUUGCAAACAGAAGAGGAAAGCAAACAUCCUGGACAAUCUGAACAACACUAACGGCACGAUCAUCGGCGUGACGUGCUGCGUGGUGCUCAUCCUGCUCAUCGUGUCCGUGGUGGUGCAGAUCAAGCAGCCGCGCAAGAAGUACAUCCUGCGGCGCGAGGACUUCGACCCCACCAUGUUCCAGGAGGUGUUCGAGCCGCCGCACUACGAGCUGUGCACGCUGCGCAGCGCCGCCGCCUCCGCCGACCUCGUCGACCUCACGGAAGACUUCGAGAACUACCACAAACUCCGGCGCUCAUCCUCGCGCUGCAUCCACGACCACCACUGUGGUGGCGGUGGCGGCGGGGGCGGCGGACUCGGCGUGGGCGGCAUGGGUCUGGGUAUGGGCAUGGGUAUGGGUAUGGGUAUGGGCAUGGGCAUGGGCAUGGGCGGCUCGCAUUCGCAGCUCUCCAGUGCCAAGGGCAGCCGUAGCAACCUGACGGCGCGGGAGGCCUCGGCCGCCGCCGCCAUCCUCAGCGAGCUCCCACCACAGCCCGUGGUGAGGCCGCUGCUCCCGCCCACCGGCAACCGGCGCAGCAUUCUGGUGAUGAAGCACAGCUACUCACAAGAGGCUGCCAACGACCCCUGCGACCUCGAAGAUGACCUGGAGGAGGUGCCCACCACCAGCCACCGGCUCUCCCGGCAUGAGAAGGCGGUACAGCGGUUCUGCCUCAUUGGGUCUCUAAGCAAACACGAGUCUGAGUACAACACUACUAGGGUCUAGGACACAAUCUCAAGACUUCUUGAAAAUAGUGCAAUCCUGGAUCAAUACGAACGAGCUUCAAUCACAUAUGAGUGUAUGGGACGGAGAUACUCACCAGCAUGAGGGUUCACUCUGGAGACUCUAGAGGCAUCGCUAUGACAACCCUACCCAUGUACAUAGACACUCUCAGCAACAAAGGACUUCAGAUUCAUUGAAAAUGACUUUUCUUGAUAUUGAGCUUGAUAUUUUAAUUCAGGGAUGUAGUGUUCCAGUAGGUGAUUUUCUUGUAUGAUCACAUUUUGUAGUCCUAAUUUCUCUGAACACAAACAAAUGAGUGUACAGCUAAAUUCAGCAACACAUUUUAGAUAUUUUGAUUGUACAGGAUUUGCUAAAUUUAGCAUUACUUUGCAAGAAGAAAGCUGAUCAAAUCUGUUUUGUUGAUGUCACGCUGCAUGCUAGUACCUCAUUGUCCCAUCAGGAAAUUAGAAUUACAGAUGUACUCCUAAAUUGCUUGCUAGUUAGUUUUAACAGAUAGCCCUGCCUACAUGCAUAUUUUCUAGGUGUUAAUAAAUCAAUUCUUCUUGAGACCUCUGCAUGCAUAUCAUAUUUCCCGGGAGGAGAAAAUCAUCUAAUUUUUAGCAACUUGCAUUUAAUUAGCUUCCUAAACCAUACAUCUCAGUAUAAAUAUUAUAAAGAAACAUAUGGGAAGACUGCAAAUAACCCUAGUACACUCAUAAUAGAUUGCAUGUCCUAUCUCAGUAAAACAGUGAAAUUACAAUUACACUUUUUCUGUAGAAAUGUUUUAUUUUGUAACUGCAUACUUAUGAGAGGUGCUGUCAUUUUCACAAAAGUUGAAAUGCUGCACACAAUAAAAAAAAAAAAAAAACAGUGCUUGCUACAUUUUAGUGGCAUUGACCUUUUUGUACUAAUAUUCACAUUUUUGUAAUGGAAUCAGUCGGACACCAUUUUUGAGGCUAAAUGCAGACUUUUCAGGGCUUUGUUAGAAACAACAACAAAGCAGAAGCCUUUCAACUCUCCCCAUAUAUUCAUCAAUGAACAUGUCAUGAUGCCAGAGUGUGUUUUCCUUUCGUUUCACUUGUUAUGUUGGAGAAUAUAAGCCUAGUGUCUGUUGGCAAUAGUAUUGCACCAGAUAGUGGUAGCCUUUUUUCCCCGUUGAUACUUGUUACAGCUUUUGCACUCUCAAUAUAACGACUGGUGCUUCCAAAACAUACUGGAGUCAAAUUAAAACUGAAUUAUAUAUUACAGUAACAAAGCCAUCCUCAUAAAGUCUUUAUUUCCCUGCUUGAUUGCCUGACUACUUCUCGUGGUUCUGUAGUGUGAAAAUUAGAGUUUGUGUUGUGUUGCCAUUUGUGUGCGGUUUAUGUAUGCUGCCUCCUUAUCAAUGUGCUGUCAUGAAUGUUCUAUCCGUACUGCGGUCCAUUUUGUAUGUGUAUGUAUCUAUCAUUCAUACAAGGCAUUCAUUCAGCUUCCUCUCUGUUUUGUGUGGAUUAAAUGAGCCAAAUCCCAUUUUCAAACAGAAAGAGUCACAACCAGAGAUGAACUGUUGCUAAUCUCUGAUGAUUCUCUCUCUUUCUGUGUUUCUGUAUGGAUUAAAAUCUGGCUUGAUGUAUACAUCUUAAUACAAAAGGUUUAUUUGUGUAUAAGUUAUUUUAAAUGAAGUGUAUAACACUUAAUGAUUAUUAACUAACCAUGAGGUUUUUACAGAAGUAGACAGCAGCCUCUCUUGUCUGUUCAGAUAACUGCACAGUUGACACACUUUGACGUCCUAUCAAGCAUAAGUUGGCAAGACACAUGUCCCUUAAAGUCCUCGUAUGUCCUUUCCGGCAAGUCAUUAUCAGCCCUGGCAGGAUCCAUGCUUUGAAUGUCCACACUCUUUUCUCUCAAAAUGUCUAUGCAAUAUAUGAACACAAGUGGGCCAGCUAAGGGCCAUCUAAGGGCUAUAAGGAGAGCUUGCUAUAAAGUGGACCUAAUAGUGUUUUUAUUUUUCUACAGGCAAAUACAACAUUUCCCUGCAUCUUGCCAAGUGUGACAGCUUAUGGUGUUAACUCUCUCUUUAACACCCUCAUGCAUCUUGAAAGAACUGUGGCUUUGAGUAAUUUCAGUAUUGUGAUUAAAAUCAGUCUUCUGUGAGUGCAUUGGGUUCUCUAUCUCUCUGUGGUGGUGGAGGAAGUUCGGACCUUUCGUGAGUUCUCACAAAGCAAAACCUGGGAAGUGGCUGAAAACUACAAUGUUGUGAGACUGGACUCACAUUCUUUUUUUUUUUUUUUUUUAAAGAAAACUACAACAAGAACCUUUAAUGUACAUUUGCUCAUUGAGAAUGACAAAAAAAAGAACCCAGGUGUGUCCUUUCACUUUUCUUUUUCUGUCUUUUCAUUUAGAAACUGUAAAAUUGUGUUGCUGAAAUGAAUCGUUUUGGAUACAGACUACAUUUUUUGUCUCCCACUUUGGGAAACGCCAUGAUGUUGGUGACUGCUGGAGCCAUGGGAUUUUAAUCUACCACUACUGGCAACACAGAUUCUAACACUUCCGUGGUGAGGCAUUAAGUGAAUAAAAGAUGUCACAUAGUCUAAUGUCAUAUGGAGGGAUUGGGAACCAUAGUGAAUGUUGAAUGGUGUCCUUGAGUUCGUAGCCUAGAAAGGACACAAAAUCCAUCUGGGGAUGUGUUAAUGCCCUUAAAAGAAGAGGCCUGCCCUUCACUGGGUAUAGCCUAAUGCAAACGAUGAUAUCCAACUCAUCAACCAUGUCACUGAGGUGCUUUUCAAGUAGCAUAUUUCUGGCCCAGACUAAAUGUGUGUAUAUGUUUCAAACUGAAUUUACUUGCUGAAAAAAAAUGAGAGACUUUAUUUGAAUAUUAAAUGCUGGAAAGAAUGUUUUCAAUAAACUGAGACCAACUGAAAA